AUGGCCGCCUUCCUUCAUUUCCACGAGUCUGAAUUCACUCGAGAGACUCGCGCUGCCCACAUCGGCCAGAAAGGUUUCACCGUCUGGUUCACAGGUGUUUCUGGGUCUGGAAAGUCCACCAUCGCCGUAGCGCUUGAAAAAGAGCUCAUUACCAAACGCAAACUCAACACCUACCGACUUGAUGGGGAUAACAUCCGUUCUGGUCUUAACAAGGGUCUAGGCUUCACUGAAGCAGACCGAACUGAAAACAUUCGUCGUAUCGGCGAGGUUGCCAAACUUUUCUCCGAUUCUGGGAUGGUCACCCUUACUUCCUUUAUCUCACCAUUCGCCGCCGACCGAGCCGCCGCUCGCAAACUGCACGAGCUUUCAGAUGCAGAGAAAGAAAGAGGAGAAACUCCACUGCCGUUCAUCGAGGUUUACGUUUAUGUACCCGAGAACCUCGUCGAGAGAAGAGACAAGAAGGGCCUAGCGGUAUUGGCAAGCAAGGGACUGCAGAAAGGGGUCACUGCCGUGGGUAAGAAAGGAGAUGCAAGAUACGAAGAACCCAAAUCUCCUGAGAUACGCAUUGACAAUGACGAAAACAUGACCAUUGAUCGCGCAGUCAAGCAAGUCAUAGACUACCUCGAAGAGAAGGGUCUACUCACCAGUCCACCAGACAUUGAAACUGCUGAAGCUGAAUCCGCAAAGCGCGUGAAGGAAGGUCAGGAAAUCAAAGAAAAACGGCUUUUACGGGAGCUGGAUGAGCGGGAUGCCGCUCUCAAAGCCGCCAAGGCUUCUGGUGACAAUAAGGAAAUCAUCGAUGCCUAUGACCGAGCAACUAAGGCCGCUGGAGCUCUCAAGGCCUUUUACACGACUAAACAUAGAGUGACUGCGGAGGCUGCCGAAGCCGGCAAACUCGCUGAAGAUAUGCAAUCCGAAAUUGCUAAGUUGGCCGAGCAGGUGGCUACCUACACUGCUGGAACUGAGGCUCGUGCCGUCGCGGGCAAAAUCUACAAGGCCAAGGUUGAGGCUGAUGAUGCUGAGGCUCGUGCUAAGGCUGCUGCUACGGAGGCCGCUACUAAAGCUGAGGCUCUUGCGGAGGCUGAGGCUGCUAUGGCAGAGAGUGAUAGCACAGUUGCUAACUAA